AUGGCGGAUUUAUUCAGAAAACCGAAGCGGAAAAUUCAGAAGCGAAAAAUCGAUACGGAGGAGGAGGACAUUGAUGAGGAAGAAUCCUCGCGCGUCUCCGACAUUCGUGAUCUACAACGCUCCCGUGAGCGAAAAAACGGUCUAACCGAGCUGGAGUGUGCCGUCGGAAUCACGAAAGCAGCGGCAUUGGAAGACGGAAUUCAGAUGACGGGCGGUGGGAUGAUGAUGACGGCGAAAAAGAAGGCGGCGAUGGAAGCGGCGUCGAUUGAGCACGGACUUCGAGAUCAAUUCGAGAAAGAGACGAUGUUGCGAGAUGAACAUGAGGAGUUGAGAAAGUAUAUAGAUGAUGGAUUGACUCAUUACACGAAGGAUAAUUCUUCGAAUUCCACACAGAAAACUGAAAAAGAGCCGAAGAUUCAGAGCACUUCAUCCAAAUUCUCCUCGUUGAACGCAGACGAUCGUGACGUGGAACUUCUGAAAGAGGCGGCGACGAAAGUGAGAGCGAAUCAGGGGAAAAAGGAGACAGAACUGCUCUCGGAGCAUAUGUUGGCUGGAAUUCCAGAGGUCGACUUGGGUAUCAGCACUCGUAUCACUAAUAUUUUGGAGACGGAGAAGAAAAAGAGGUUUUUGUUGCAAAAAUCGGCGGCGGAGGCUGCGGGACUGCCGGCGCCGUUGGAGGAGAGUGGAGAGUCGAAGCCGAAGCAUCGGAGACGUUUUAAUAAUCAACGGCGACCAUUUUGA